AUGACGUCGACAAAACAGACAGUUGCACUCAUAACAGGUGCAAACACAGGCAUAGGUCUUGCUGUUACCACCAAGCUAGCCGCACACGGCUUCCAUGUCAUCAUUGGAUCACGAAAUGCUGAAGCAGGUCGCCAAGCUACUGCUUCCAUUGCGGCGAGUGGAUCGCAGGCUUCUUCGGUCCAACUCGACGUCACCUCCGAUGAGUCAAUCGUCGCAGCAGUGAGCUGGAUCGAGCGCGAGUUCGGCGUGUUGGACGUGCUCAUCAACAACGCCGGCAUCCUGAUCGACUAUGUCCCAGGGUUCACCGAAGCAUAUAAAGGCCUCUCAACAAGGGACCUCUUCAACCAGACAUUCAGCACAAACGUUAUCGGGGCUGCCUGCUUGACCGAGGCAUGUCUGCCUCUACUGCGCAAGUCCGAGUGUCCGCGCCUAAUCUUUGUGUCCUCGCGUAUGGGAUCGCUGGCCGAAGCGACGAAUAAGUCAACCCCGUUUUACAGCACCGAUUACAAGGCGUACGACUCCAGCAAGGCAGCCCUCAACAUGCUAUGUCUUCAGUAUGCCCGAAUUCUUGAGGAUCAAGGCGCCAUGGUGAACGCCGUGUGUCCGGGGUUGGUCAACACCAAGCUCACUAACCACGCGAUGGGAGAGUCGCCAGAGUUGGGUGCAAAGCGAAUUGUGGAGCUUGCCAUGGCUGAGAAAGGAGGCGCAACUGCGACCUUCUCGGACCGAGACGGUAUGGUCCCUUGGUAG